AAUUUUAAAUUUCACUAUCGAUAUUUUAAAAAGUGGGGAAAUUCAUGGUUCGAUUCUACUAAUAGAUAAUUCUGGACAAAAGAAAACUCUGUACAAUUGUCAGUUAGCCACGAGGUAAUUACUAAACUACGUUAGUCUUUACUGAAUAUCAUUACUUGAUUGAAGGUUAAUUUUUCUAGUUCUUUUUUGAAAAAAACGUGAAAAUUUUGCUUAGUUAAAAUAUUCAAUAUUUUGAAUUUUAUUUUAACAAGAAACAUCUAGAGAACGGCGAUAAUUUAUUCUCAAAUUUAAAGAAAAUAGGUUUUGGAAAUGAAAGCCAGUUGGUUGUGCCUUCUGUUAUUCAUUAGAUCAUCGUGGGCUGCUCAGUGUCCUGGAAGUUUGCAAUGUCUGGAGCAUGAAGUUUCUUCAGCAAAAUCACUUCAUGUUUACUAUGGUAUCAUUGACGAAGAUGAAUUUUAUAAAUCACUCAUCGAUGACAAAGAUGAUUCUGAGAUAACAACAAAAAUGACAAAAUAUUGGCCUAAAAAGUCUGAAUUUUUGAAAAAUAAAACAAUUUUGGGAGCUACUUUUAUACAGUGUCAAUUUACUGAGCCAACUACUGUAAGUGAUGCCGUCAAAAAAAUAUUUGACCAUUUAAAUAUCACCAAAUUAAAAAUUGAAUCAUCGUCAUUCGGCAAAGAAUUGUCAUCAGUAUUUAGCGAUGGAUAUAAUUUGCCAAUUAAAAAAGAGUAUCUGAAAGAUUUCACAAGUCUCCAGGAAAUUUCAUUGAUCGACAAUGACUUGCUAUACGUUGACGAUGAUUUUUUCGAGGGUUUUAUCAAUCUGAAGAAAGUUUCUUUGACAAACAGUGGAAUGGCGAAUAUUGCUCCUAAAAUAUUGGAACCUUUAUUAAACUUAGAGUACCUCGAUUUGUCUGACAAUUAUUUCUCAACUCUAAGUUCAACUUUACUCCGCAAGAACACUAAAUUAGAAUCAUUUUUAAUGACAAACAAUCGUCAGUUUAUUCCAUCGUUUCCUGGUGGAUUUUUUAAAAAUUUGACAAACUUGAAAGAAAUCUAUUUAGCUAAUAGUAAAAUCAUGCAACUGACUGGUGAUUUAUUCGAAAAAAUUACUGGGUUGAAAAAGUUAGAUCUAUCAAAAAAUCAUCUUUUUUAUAUUCCACCAAAGCUAUUUCAAGACUGCAAAAGUUUGGAAUUUUUAAAUCUCAGCUCAAAUUAUUUAUCCAGUGAUCGUUUUCUUUCCGACAAAGAGUUUAUAGAAUUAAAUAGCUUAGAGAAUUUGGAUCUGUCGCAUAACAAAAUCAGAUCACUUAACAGUAAUCUUUUGACUGGGUUGUUUUCACUUCAAUUAUUGGACAUGAGCCACAACGACAUGACAACCAUCGAUCCUCGAGCAUUUUACAGUUUGAAUAAACUCCAGAGGGUUGAUUUUUCUCAAAAUUUUUUGACGCUUCAAUCCGACAAAUUUAUGAAUGAAUUUGGUCCGAUUUCGCCAUUUCACUUCGUCCAAAAAUCAGUACAAUACAUAAAUCUGGCUCAUAAUAAUAUCACUGAAAUAUUUCGAGAUUGGACAUGGGCAACCAACCUCCGCGAGCUGGAUCUCAGUUAUAAUUAUAUAACUUCUUUAAAGGCGUCAGAUCUCGAUUUUUUGAGCGCCACAAAGCUGGAUUUAUCUUCAAAUAAAAUAGAAGAAAUUCAAUUUGGUGAAUUAGAAGUUAGGUUUGAUUGGCAUCCCUCCGUUCGUGUAAAAAUCGACGACAAUCCUCUGCUGUGUGACUGUAACACGUACAAUUUCCUGACGUUGUUAGCCAAUAAAGUUUAUUCGUCACACAUUCUUAAGCCGACUAUCACAGAAGAAUUAAAUUGUGAUAAGAAGAAUAAGACCGAAAAAAAUUCUAUUUGUACCCCCACAAACUAUUCUUUAGUUACAAUUGGAACUUGUCCACCCAGGUGUACUUGCAAAAUUAGACCAGAGGAUCAAUCAUUUUUAAUCGACUGUUCAUAUCGAGGACUCCUAGAAGUACCAAGCAAUAUUGAAUGGAUCUCCGGGGCUAAUCUAGAACUCGAUUUAACAGGCAAUUAUAUAUCAUCAAUCCAGCUAAAUCUAAUCGGAUUUGACCAAAUUACAGUACUGUCAUUGUCAGACAACAAAAUUGAUGAAAUUCCCACAAAUAUGCCAUUUAAUUCGCUAAAAGAAUUAUAUUUAGAUAAUAAUUUAAUAUCCAAAGUCAAUGACACAGUUUUGGAUAAACUACAAGCUUCAACAGUGCUAAAAAAUCUUACUUUACAUGACAAUCAAUGGAAAUUUGACUGUGAAUCAUUGAAUUUGUAUACUUUUAUAAAAAAGAUGCAAACCAAGAUUCCUGAAUUGGAAAAAGUAACAUUUGGUGAGGUACCUAUCUCUGAGAUUACUAAAAAUGAAUUAUGUCUGCUAUAUUUUACUUGGAUUUUUAUAGUUUUAAUUGCACUACUUAGUUUAGGAAUGAUCGUCGGUAUUCUUGCAUUACUUUACAAUCUUUAUAACUACGAGAUAAAAGUUUGGCUGUACGCUGGUGGAUGGUGUCUGUCAUUGGUAACUGAAGAAGAGAUGGACAAAGAUAAAAUCUACGAUGCUUUUAUAAGUUUUUCAUACAAAGAUGAAGAAUUUAUAGUCACUGAAUUGGUUCCCAAGCUUGAACAAGGACCUAAUCCACUGAAGAUUUGUAUUAAUUACCAUAAUUGGAUCGGAGGAGAGUGGGUUCCUCAGCAAAUCGCCGACUCUAUAAAUGUCUCCCAGCGAACAAUCAUUGUUCUUUCGCCUAAUUAUUUGGACAGUGUUUGGGGUAUAAUAGAGUUCAGCGAAGCGCAUAAUCAAGCACUCAACGAAGACCGUGCGAGAGUUAUAAUUAUUUUGUACGGUGAUAUCCAGCCAUCUGAUAUCACUGAUCCGGAGUUGAAGAAGUUUCUCAAAUUGAAUACUUGCAUCAGAUGGGGUGAUCCAUCGUUCUGGGACAAAUUAGACUAUGCUCUACCGCACUCUAAAAGUAUAAAGGCAAAACGAAAAAAUGGGUGCCGCAUUUAUCGUCCAGUUUUGCCGACUAUCAGCGAAGAAAAAAUAUCUAUUGGAAAUUCAUCCUCUGACAGUAUGGAAAAGUCUAUCACUGAAAAUUAUACUUACUAUAUAUAAUUGUAAUGAUAAAUUAAUAAUAACAAUUAUUAUCAUUAUCUUUGUCGCUACGAUCAAAAUUAUUUUGUACGAAUUGUUUUUUGACGAACUGUUGGGGAAUAACCA